AUGUCUUGGUUGGAAUGCAUUCCUUGGUCUCAAGGGAUCAAAAAACGAGCUUGUAGAUACCUUCUGCAACGAUAUCUAGGUCAAUUUUUAGAGGAGAAGUUGACACUGGAUCAGCUUACUGUAGAUCUGUACAAUGGAACUGGUCGUGUAAUCAAUGUCAGCCUUGAUGUACAGGCCCUUAAUGAAAUGGGAGAACAGCAACAACUUCCAUUAGAAUUUGUUGAUGGCUUUGUAUCUGAAAUGUCUGUUAGUAUACCAUGGUCAGCUUUACUUAGUGAAGCUAGUUAUGUGGAAGUAACUAGUUUGAGAUUAACAGUACAACCUAGACAAAGAGCAAAAACUGGAACUUCAAUGUUUGAAUCCAUGUGGAGUUCUAUGACAUCUAGCAUGCAACUUGCACAAGAAUGCUUACAAGAAGAUGCGAAAAAUGCUGGGAAUUCACAGCCAUUAGAAGGAGUUGAAUUGUUUGCACAAACUAUAGAUUCAAUUUUAUGUAGGGUGAAAGUAAGAUUUAUAGAUACUAUAAUACGUUUGGAACAUGUGCCACUAGAUUCUUCAACAGGAGUUGCAAUAGAAAUGUGUAUAAAAAAUCUGGAAUAUUCUGAUGAAGCAGGCUUAGAUCCAAGCAGUACUUCUUUAGAUCCUAGUCAAUCAAAUAAAGGAUAUGUUGUGUCAGCAUUUGCAACAAAACGAUUUUAUUUAGAAGGGGUGACCUUUCAUACAGAUGAAUUUCCAUCUCGAGCAAGAACUUUUUCUAGGAGCAUCAUAACAACAAGCAGGGGUUCUACACCAGAUUCAAAAAAUUCGGAUGGCCACUUCUCUUCUGCACAAAUAUCUCCGACUCAAAAUAUGCAAAAUCCCCUGGAAGGGAAUAUUAUUAAUAAUCUAAGUGAAUCAAAUCCUAUAAUGUUUGCUAAAUUGGCAGGUAGACAAGAAAUAAGAUUGAAAUUAAAGCAAGGAGAAAGUGUUUCAGGACCAAAGGUAGAAUUAGAAGUGACACUGGGAUCUUUUACUUCAUUUUUAAGUCCUCGUCAAGUGCAUGUGUUAUUGGAAUUAGGGCAUGGACUUGCUUCUCCCGAUUUAGAAGAUGUCAGUAAUGUUGCACCAAGAACUUGUACUGAGAAACCUAUGGCUGGUAGUGACUUCAAUCGCGUUGAAAGAGAACUUAUUCAUCAAAUACAUCCAACUCAAGGAUUACGGUCCAUGGACUUAAGGCACACGCAAGGUUGGUCGACGGCAUCUUUAGACGAAUCCGAUAACAAAGACGAGUUUUUACCAAUGCGGUUACCGGAUUCUACAUCAAUGAGUGAUUCAGUCACGAGCAAUAAUAUCAGUAUGGACGGAAGUAUACUAUCUAGUAGUAUUAGUUUAAAAAAUUCAGCAACAAACUUACCAAAGCAACAGAAACAUAGACAUAGCGUGGAUAAUAGUCCAUCUACAGAAACGUCUCAUUUUCACCUGAGGGUAUCUUCUAUAGCUAUUAUUCUACUACACGAAGACAUAUUGACUACGUGUGUAGAAGGAGGCGGUCUAACGUGUUCUAGCAUACGUCAGAUGAAAAAUUCGGCGGACGAAUUUUUCAAACAAAUAGCAAUGUUUGCAGCUGGAGGAUACGGGAACAAAGACUUCGAUAAAGCAUCAAAAGUACUUUUGAAUGCAUGCCAUUUAAGUCAUAUUAGAUUACUUGCUGCGCCGCUAAUAAUUGAAGAAAGAGAAAAGAAUGUUUUGUUUUCUGAAGUAUCUGGAACAUUAACUUUAGCUAGCUUAGAAAUUGUAGAAUGUUUAAUCGAUUCAAAUAAUUCUGAAGCAAAUGGAACUCCACCAACAGAAUUUGUAGAAUUGCUUACUUUUCCAAAAGAGAAUUCAACGAACUUUGGAUUUACUAAUAAAACGGAUUUUAAAAUGAAAUUUAGAUAUGUAUCAGAUAUUCAAAAGACAGGAUGUGCACAAUUUGUAAAAAGUGCGAAUCCAAAUACAAAAAUUGAUAUUGAAUUAGAACCAUGCAAAAGCGAAGUGGAUAUAACUAUUGUAGAUAGAAUAUGUGCUCUACUUAAUCCUCAACCUAUUUGCGUUUGUAAUCCUGUAUCUUAUAAUAAAAAUACUAAUCAACAAACUUUGUUUUAUCAAGCCAUAGAAAGUCCUACAUCGUCGGAUUUUGCUGCUGUUAUAAACAUAUCCUCGUCACAGUGUACAAUAAAAUUAAGGUUUCCAAUACCAGAUUUGAGACCGUUGCACGAUAUGAAUCGAACACCAUGGUGGAAAAGAUCAGUGAGGACAGAUUACAUGAUUUUGAAAAUGAGAGAUGCACAAAUUCAUUCUCGUCCACAUUCAAUUUUUUCAAAGAAUCGUCUGCAUUCUGUAAAAAAGCAUUUUGAAAUUCAAUUCCGAAAGUUAUUAUUCUCAUAUGCAGAAACGGAGACAGAUGAACCAUUGAACAUAGGCAAAGUUACAACUCAUGAAAAAAGUAAUGCAUCAUGUCAACAAGUUAACGAAGGAUUUGGUUGGGCUAGAAUAGUUAUGACAAUUUACCCACAACGUUUAAACGAUCAGUUGGAAGAUAGCUCUGAAGGAGAGCCGGAUUCUAGUUUCGAUGAAACUCUAGAAAAUACGCCUAAAUAUCAGCCAUCUCCUUUCAGUUCAAAACGUGUUAUUCAUGAAUCCGAUACGCCUCAUUCCAGACCCCAUACUCAAGGCGAUAAAGAUGAUUCAGGACAAAGAGAGGGUGAGGAGCUAAUUAUACCAGGAAGUCGGGAAGAAAUGCUAGAGUUCAUGGAUGAAGGCAUUCGUAGUUCUAGAAUACAAUUAGAAAUCAACUUUCCGUGUGUUUCCGUCCAAAUACCAUCUAAACAUCUAUAUGAAUUGCUAUAUAAUAGAUUCAAUACUGAUCUUUUUUUAUGGAAAUCAUCAGCACCAAGACCGAAGUAUGGUAUGCACAUGGAAAAUCAUAUAGGUCUUGAUUUAGCAUCUACUUUGUUACAGGAAUCUGUUUAUCCUAGAUUUAGUACGUGUAAAAGUAGAAUCCAGUACGAUUCCGAUUCAGAUUCAGAAGAAGAAGGCGUAUUUCAUUCUGCAGCCGAUAAAAGCUACAGACAGCAUCAAAAUAAAAUAUCGAAGAAUGGUCAGAGUAAUCUAGCAUUAACUUUGAAUAUAGAUCAAGGUCUUCUCUCUAUGUACACUCCUGUUCGCGAUUCAAUGCGGAACGUCAUUCCUGGGCAACAAGGUGAAUUAAUAAUUCGAGUGAACGACGCGACGAUAUUUUCAGUAACCACGUAUAAAGGGAAUACAAAUUUGGGUUACGUUUGUGCCAUGAUAAAUGAAAUAUCUUUGGAUCAUUGUGGAUUAAUGACGACUCCUUCGCAACCACCUACAUUAAGACCUAUUAAUAGCGACAUUCCGCGACAUUGUCAAAAUGCUAUAUAUAAAAGCGAUCUAAACUCGAACGUAAUGGGAACGUACAAUAAUGAUGAUAUGGUGAUGCUUGCUAUUAGGAUACAAGCUGCUCAUCAGACACACCGUAUUAAAACUUUCAGAGUGGCAGUAGGCAUAAGAAAUGCUACAUUGAGACAUAGAAUGUGUAAUACUGGUACAUCAUGGUUCACACAAUUAACAGAUUGCUUAGACGUAGCCAAUCAUCCAGUUGCUGGAUAUUCUCCACCAGGAAUAUUGACAGAAUUGCACUUGCACCUUUGGGAUUGCGCGAUCGAUUAUAGGCCAAUUCAUCUACCGUUGAGAUCAAUCGUAACUCUCGGUAAUUUCAGUGUUUCUAGCAAUAUUGCUGCGCAUACAAAUACUUCAACGUUGCGUUUUAUAGCAGAAGAUAUCGCGUUGUUCAUAUCUAAUAAAUUAGGGAAAAAUAUAGAUUUAAAACGAGAUUAUGUAUGUGUAAUGGACGUUGGAUUGUUUGAAUUAUCGUUGAGGUUGAACGAUAAAAUGUGUGGUGGUGCCCCUAGGGUAGAUUUAAGAGCAAGCAACAAUGUGUUACACGUUCGGACUUGUUCGGAUUCUGGCCGUGCUCUUAUUCAAUUGUUAACUUACUUUGCAAACGAUGGAGACCUUUUACCGAAUAUGGAAAGUACUGAAAGUAUCACAGUACCGAGUUCUGGUGACGAAGAAAGUCUUCUUGGGGAUGAGUGUAUUAAUACUCUGAGUAAGAGUCAAGUCGAACGCGUUAAUCGUUUGAUGAAAGAAGCAAUGGAAGAAACAGUAAAAGGCAUACCUUCGAACACAGAUGAUAAUGCAUUAGUAACUGAAAAUCAGGUCGAGGUGUUCUUUUUUCCCGACGAAUCUCAUCCUGCUUCGCAAGCAGUACCUGAAAUGUGUAAAAGUCCCGAACAAUUUAUUAAGACAGAAUGUAAUGUAGAACCUGAGGAUCCGAACGAAGAAUUUUGUAUAUUAGGAGAAGAAGCAGGUACAGGAAUUAUGCCGAGACAUGGGGUGCCAGAAGUUCGUUGGCUCUGUCAAGAAUCUUUAAGGAUAAUAGAUAAUCAUUUCGCGGUUCCCCUUGCUAAAACUGACUUACUUAAGGCACCAAGACAUUUUCCAGCUCCGAUAUUAAGAUAUACUCUUUGUGAAAUGACCUUGGUCUGGCAUAUGUAUGGAGGGAAAGAUUUCGAAACUUCACAAACAAUGGCUAAGAAACAAGUCAUUAUCAAUGAAAAUAUAGUUCGUCCUAACACGGCACCUCAGGAUAAAACCAGGUCGCCAUGGUGGGAUGGUGUAGCAUUCAAUAAAUCCAAUCCAAAUGAAGUACACUUUGAAAGUGCACCAAAUUCGCCACGAAGAAAAUGCAAAGAAAUAGCUGAUUGGCAAGUAAUGGGAGGUCCUGGUCGCCGUCAUGAUGUUUUAAUGGAACUUCAAUUAAAUAAAGUUCGCUUCCAACACGAGGUUUAUCCAGAAAAUACAGCAGAAGCAGCGAGACAAAUAUUAUUAAUAAACGAGAUAGAAAUUAGAGAUAGAUUGGCAUCCUCGCACAUUAACAAGUUCUUGUAUCAAUAUAGUAGCGAAGCGAGACCAAAACAGUCUUACGCUAACAUGUUUGCCAUGAAGGCAGUCCAUGUUAGACCAGAUCCAAAAUUAAGUGCUCAAGAGUGUUGUUUAAAGCUCAGUCUACUGCCGUUACGAUUAAAUAUCGAUCAGGAUAGCCUAUUGUUCUUGAUAGAAUUCUUCAACGAAUUGAGCAGCGGUUCAAAGCAAGCUCAAGAGAACGCUAAUGCAUCUAAUAAUCCGCAGUCCUCUCCAGUGUCCAAACAAGGUACGCCGACGCAUCAUCCACCAGUUAUGAGUGUAAACGAUUCCACGCCUAAAGCUCCAACGCCAACGCCAACGCCAACGAAUACAUCGCAGACCGAUAUUAUAGAUCCGAAUUUAUUAAUACUCUUGGAGGAUGAAUUGAUGAUUAAGGAAAACAAUGUGAAGACGAAAACGACACAUGAGGUUCAUGAAGAUUGUCAACCAAUAUAUUUUAGGAGUGUGAUAUUUUCCCCAGAAGUCCUUGUUAGAUUAGAUUAUCAUGGAAAGCGUGUAGAUCUUACUCAUGGAUCGUUAGCAGGACUUCUAAUGGGUCUAGCGCAAUUGAAUUGUUCAGAAUUAAGACUGAAAAGAUUUACAUAUCGACACGGACUUUUAGGAUUCGAUAAGCUAAUAACGUUUUUACUUUCCGAAUGGUUACAAGAUAUAAAGAAAAAUCAACUUCCGAGUUUACUUGGCGGUAUAGGUCCUAUACAUUCGUUGGUACAAUUAUUUCAAGGAAUAAGAGAUUUAUUCUGGUUGCCUAUUGAACAGUAUCAGAAAGAUGGUAGAAUCAUUAGAGGACUCCAACGAGGUGCAAACAGUUUCACGACGUCUACUGCAAUGGCAGCGUUAGAACUGACUUCUAAAUUGAUACAUGCUAUACAAAGUACGGCCGAAACGGCUUAUGAUAUGGUCAGUCCUGGUCCCAGUGUGAGGUGUCAUCACAAGGGACAAAAAGGACGUCGGAAAAGAUAUAGUCAACCAUUGGACAUUCGAGAAGGAAUGACUAAUGCUUAUAUGCUAGUAAAAGAGGGUUUAGGAGAAACAGCGAAUCAAUUAGUUCGUGUAGCCAGUGAAGAACACGAACAAAAAGGAGUCUCUGGUGCUGUAGGCGGCGUAUUACGACAGAUACCGCCAACAGUUGUGAAACCAAUUAUUUUAGCUACAGAAGCAACUAGUAACGUUUUAGGUGGUAUGCAGUCGCAAUUAGUACCGGAUGCUCGUCGAGAGGCUGCUCAAAAGUGGCGACAAGAUUCAAACGAUGCGAACUGAAGUUGUUCGUUUGAAUGGUGAUAUGGUUCGAUAUUUCUAUCGACCUUGGUGUAACAUAUGAAUCCAUGACGCGAAUAGUAAGAAUAAUAAUACGGAAGAGAAACGCGUACGAAGUUCUUUUUUUUUUUCUUUUGAAAUAAGAAGUCUAUGAUAAGUAAACGUAAAUUGACUCGAUGAUUCGUAAAUGUGAAUGUUACGAAAAUUUCUUAGACCU